GUUUUAUUAACAGUCACACAAAAGCAAUGCUUCAGCUUAACUAUUAAGAAUAAUAAAUCGAAAGUGCGUGUCGAAUGUGCCGGAAGGUUGAGAUAGUGGUGUAUUGUGGGAGAGACAGAAACCCCAGACUAGAGGCACACAAUAUGUGUUGGCUCGCAAAAAGGAGGCAGUAUCUUUAAAAUCAUGUAAUGUGAUCGGCGAAAGGUUCAAGAUCUAGCCGUUUUAUUUAAAACUACUCGAUCGGGCACAAUAUGUCCAGACCAGGAGAACGAAAUAAGCUAAAUGAAGAUCACGGUAAAAGACAGAGUUCAAGUUUGGCGAACGGAAUGGAGAACAGCCAUCCGAUCUGCAAUUCGGGAGAGAAACGAAAUCAUCAUUGGAGAAGUUACAAGUUGAUUAUUGACCCAGCGCUGAAAAAGGGGUCGCACAAACUGUAUCGCUACGAUGGACUGCACUUCAGCAUGCCGAACCACGGGAUGUCACCCGUGGAGAACGUCCGAGACCCGAGAAUGGUUCGUCUGUGGGCUAAGUACAAGGAGGUUGAUCUCCCGGUGCCUAAAUUUAAGAUCGAUGAUUGUUACAUCGGUCGCGUGCCCCCUAAGGAGGUCACGUUCGCCAAACUCAACGACAACGUCAAAGAGGGAUUUCUCACUGACAUGUGCAAGAAGUUCGGCGAUAUUGAGGGCGUGGAGAUUUUGUACAACCCGAAGAACAAAAAGCAUCUCGGAAUAGCUAAAGUUGUGUUCGGAACUGUCAAGUCGGCGAAAGAUGCUGUCCAGAACCUGCACAACACUUCUGUCAUGGGCAACAUCAUCCACGUGGAGCUGGACCCUAAAGGUGAAAAUCGCCAAAGGUACUUCCAGCGUCUGAUCAAUGGAAGUUAUACUCCGCUCACUCUUCCAGUUGGUGGUGAAGAAGCCUGUGAAGUUUCUCCACGCAGCUUGUCUGAAGCUCUGCUGGCAUGCGAGCCCUCGCGAAGAUCCCUUGAAGGCAGUUCUUCUGCAGUUGCGGGCACAGCCACGCCAGGUGGCACUAAUACGCCCAUGUCCCUGGAUACGGCCUACUCCAGCCUAAGGCAGGAUACGCCACAGUCCCAGGGUACCCCGCACACCCCACGCCCGUCAGGCACCCCGUUCUCUCAGGACUCCAGCUACUCCAGCAGGCAGGGCACGCCGGCGUUUCAACCGAACCGUGCGGAAUCCUCGGGAGGCUACAAGGCGAGGAGACAUGAAACCAAAUUCCAGGACGCCUACAACCGCAGACCCGAAAGACACUACGUCCAUGGCACAGGAGGGACGCACCGUGGCAAUGCAGAGCAACCACCUAGUUUUAAGCAACAUCAGCCGCCCGAGCCUCCGUCGCCUGUUUUUGCACACACACCACCGCCACCAGCAAGUGCGAAUUUCAAAACUGCUUUCUCUCCUUAUCAGCCACCAAUGCCCCCAGUCUACCCUCACACAGAGCCCUCUUUCCACCAGCCUGUUCAGCGGGAAGUGGAUUAUAGGAGACCGCCUCAAGCCCCACCUCCCCCGAGCCCCGACUUCAUGCCCGUCAGAGACAGGCCUGCGACGCCACCAAUCCCCGAGCCUCCCCCUGCGCCAGAAACCCAACCUGCUACACCUCCUCCCUCCACGCCAGAGCCCUGCCCGUCGCUGGGCACCCCCACCCAAGAGUCCAAACGCAACAGCCUGGACUCCCGCAUAGAAAUGCUCCUUAAGCCCUUCCUCAACGAGCGUGGAGACUCGGACGCUGAGGUGCGAAUGGACGGGAGCCCGAUCUCAUCGUCGUCCUCGCAGCUCUCCCCCAUCCCGCCCCAACGGCUCUCGCGGCCUUCAAGCACCGGCCUUGAGGACAUCAGCCCUACCCCGCUUCCUGAUUCCGAUGAGGACGAACCCAUCCUUGGUACUGCUGCCCUGUUUACGAACUCUAUGGCCAUGUCACCCUGCAACAUGCUCAGUAAAAGCAGUGCAGGAGAACCACGGACGCCCAUAGACAAAAUGGACAUGGGCCAUCAGUCAUCGGGUGAAGACAUGGAGAUUUCUGAUGAUGAGAUGCCAGGCACACCGAUUGCCAGUGGGGACUGUGCCAAAAAUAUUGUGGUCAACUCUGCGGUAUCUCCGAUGCAGACAAUUCCCAUGCCCCCGCCAGGGUUCCCCCCUCUGCCCCCUCCACAAGCUGGCUUCCCCCUGCCGCUGCCUCCUCUUCCACCUCAUUCAACCGUUUCACACCUGGCUGGCCCACCUGGCGUGGCCCCCCAUCCGAUGCUACACCCAUUGGCCCAUUACCCCCAUGGCAUGAUGCCCAUUAUGCAGGUGGACCUGAUGAGCUCCUUACCACAGUGGGGCAGUGUUCACAUGUCCUUUCAGAUGCAGACUCAGAUGCUAAGUCGCAUGGCGCAGAGCCAACGGCAGUACUCGUAUCCUCAUUUCAUCAGCGAAGCUGCUGUAAGUGCUGGUGCUGCUGCUGCUGCCGCCGCCGCCAUGCAAUUUGGUGGCACGUAUCCACCUCUGUCUAUGGUCGGUGCCCCUGCAGGCGCUGUGGGGCAUGGGCAACCCUGGCCCCUACCCAACAUGCCCAAGUUCAACCCUGCUGUUCCCCCUCCUGGCUAUGAGCCCCAAAAGGAAGACCCACACAAAGCCACUGUGGAUGGAGUGCUUAUGGUUAUUGUCAAGGAGCUGAAGGCCAUCAUGAAAAGAGAUCUCAACCGUAAGAUGGUGGAGGUGGUGGCCUUCAGGGCGUUUGAUGAAUGGUGGGACAAACAGGAGCGAUCGGCUAAGGCUACGCUUACACCUGUGAAGACAGGUGAGGGCAAAGAAGAGGAGAAAGAACGGGCAAAACCCAAAGAGACUAUAUCCUCUAGCUUACUGGAGAACUGGAACAAGGUUGAGGGUCUGGGCUUUGAGGGAAUGGGUCUUAGUAUUGGCCUGCGCGGUGCCAUCCGGUUACCAUCCUUCAAGGUUAAGAGGAAACAACCCCCUGAGCCGACAUCCACCAAUGACAGCAAGAGGGUGCGACCAUCCACACCUGUCGAUGAUGAGCUGGUGGAUGAAGAGUCAGAAAGAACAGAUCUUCGCAUGGACGGAUCCAGAACGGAUGGCAGUGGUUCUUCUGCCAAGCGAAGGCCAGCCAGGCCUCUGGAGCUGGACAGUGAAGGCGAGGAGGAGGAGGAAACCUCCGGUAAAGAGGAGUCAUCGCUUUCAGACCAUGAAGAGGAGCCAGUGGAAGAUGCCUCUGAGAGGUUGCCCUCUGGCAAGGAUAUGGAGGACGAGGAAGAUGACGAAAAGAAGAGUGAAUCAGACUCCAGCGAGAGUGAAUCAUCUGACUCAUCAGAUGAAGCUUCUAGCUCAUCAUCCUCCAAAUCUGAUUCUGAUUCCUCUGAGAGUGAGAGCUCGUCCGACUAUGAAUCGAGUUCAGAGGAGGAAGAGGAAGAAGAGGAGGAAGAAGAGCGAGUAGCGGAAAUAGAGGAUGAAGAUGACGACGCACAAACCUCAUCAUCAUCUUCAUCUUCCUCAUCAUCGACCUCUAAUGAAGAGGAUCUUGAUGUAAAAUCCCCCAUUACCCCAAUAGGACCUCCACCAGAAGAAGAACCAAGUGAGUUGAACAGACUGGAGGUUUUAGACAAGGCAGAGCUUGAUCACAAACAUAGUACGGUGAGCUCAAUCAAGCCUGAAAUUAAUGACGUGCGGCCCCCAUCACCCAAAGGAUUGCCAGUUGAUGAACCCGACAUCGAUUUGGAGGUCAAUAUUCCAGUGCCCAAAGCUGAAACCAACCUGGAUGAUGUCGGUAGCUUGCGCCCACCCACCCCAACAGGUUCGUUUGCAGAUAGUGAUCAGGACACCAGACCAAAGAUCCCUGCAGAAGACGUCCCCAGAACCCCUGGCCGUGAUGGCCCAGUUCCCCUAGAGUCAGAGGCCGCAAUCCCCCGGUCUCUUCCUACACCUUCCAUGCACCUUCCACUUCCCCCCAAUCAUGCCCUUGAAGCACGAUCCCUUCUGCCAUCCCGUGAAUCUUUGCCGGAUAUGCUUGUCCGUGGGCGGUUGCCUACGGAAGAGGACAUCCCACGCACACCGGGGAGAGACCUCAUGGACAGACCCCGGGGUUUGGGCAAGUCUCAGAGCACUGAUACGGUUCCUGUCACACCAGGUAGUGACGCUCCACUAACAGGUAACAGCUUGAGCUCGCCGCAUAUUCCCGGCAGCCCUUUCUCUUACCCUGCUCAAUCUCCUGUCCUCAGUGCUGGUAUCCCUCGGACUCCAGGUAGAGACCUUACUUUCACCCCAGCUUUCCCUGACUCUGCUGCUUUAUCUGCAGGCCUUCCCAUUCACAGGAAGGCCUCAUCUGAAAGCUUGGAGGAGAAGUCUCUAUUUAAAGAGCCUCAACUCAGUGCCUCUCCCCAGGCCAGCCUACCUAACAAUAAAGCUUCUUCCCCAUUCCCUGGUCCUCCCCUUCCUGCUGCUUCACUUCAGGAGCCUCCCCAAGGCUCCUCUCCCACUUCUGCAGAGACUUCCUCUCCUGCUGCUCCAAAAGAUCUACCUGUUCCAAUGAUAGAUGUUCCUGUGCCCUUAGAUUCUACUCCAAGCAAGAGAAAACCAGGACGUCCCAAGUCUAAAAAGCUGUCUGUUGAAGCCUCUCAAGACUAUGAAGAGCCUCCAGCUCCAAUGGUGGCCUCCUUACCUCCAGACCUACCAGAAAAUGACAUGUACCCAGACUGCCCUUCAGAGACCUUCAAAGGUGAAGAUGGUGAUUCCACAGCCUUGGAGGAAGAGGAAAACCAAGACCUGACAGUCAUACCUCAGGUGGAAGACAGGAUGUUUUAUGACGAGGAACCUGUUCAGAAGACACGGCGACAGAGACGGGGCUGGCAGGAGUUGUUGUUGUCCAUGCAUUCCACUGUGACAUCACCGCGCCGCCCCAGCUUCUUACCCCGCUCAGAAUUUGAGGAGAUGACCAUCUUGUAUGACAUCUGGAAUGAUGGCAUUGACGAGGAGGACAUGCAAUACCUUAAGACCACUUACGACAAGAUGCUUGAGCAGGACAAUGGCAACGACUGGCUCAACGACACCCUCUGGGUCCAUCAUCCUCCUACCAACAUGGGCAGUGCAACUGUGGUGAAGAAGAAGCGAAAAGAGGAUGGUAUACGGGACCAUGUCACCGGCUGUGCCCGCAGCGAGGGCUACUACAAAAUCGACAAGAAAGACAAAAUGAAGUACCUGAACAGCUCACGCCUGCAGUCCGAAGAGUCUGAUGUGGACACUCAGGGGAAGAGUAUUCCAGCACAGCCCCUAACGUCCACUAGGGCAGGUUCAGAACGGCGGUCUGAACAGCGCCGUCUGCUGUCGUCCUUCAGCUGUGACAGUGACCUCCUCAAAUUUAACCAGCUUAAGUUCCGUAAAAAGAAGAUCCGGUUCUGUAGAAGUCACAUUCACGACUGGGGAUUGUUCGCCAUGGAACCUAUUGCUGCGGAUGAGAUGGUUAUCGAAUAUGUUGGCCAGAAUAUCCGACAGGUUAUAGCAGACAUGCGAGAGAAGCGCUAUGAGGAAGAGGGCAUCGGCAGUAGCUACAUGUUCCGUGUGGAUCACGAUACCAUUAUAGACGCAACCAAAUGUGGCAACUUCGCCCGCUUCAUCAAUCAUAGUUGCAAUCCAAACUGUUAUGCCAAGGUCAUCACUGUGGAAUCACAGAAAAAGAUCGUCAUCUACUCCCGGCAGCCAAUAAAUGUUAACGAGGAGAUCACCUACGACUACAAGUUCCCCAUUGAGGACGAGAAGAUCCCGUGCCUCUGUGGCGCAGAGAACUGCAGAGGAACCUUAAACUAACCCCAGCAGAAUGGUGAGAACUUUCUUAAAAACAUGCACUGCCCUACAACAAGCCCAGACGCCCCGUCUUCUGGAGCUACAGAGGAAAUAGUGGGUGAAAUCCAACACAUCCACUGGAUAUAUCGUGCAGCUAAGUAUCUGGGACUACUUUUUUGUACUUUUUCAAGAUUGUUUACGAAUUACAGGUGCUCUUUCAAGCAUAAAAAAAUCAAUUUUCUACCACUCUUCCAUUGAUUCUAUGGAAAUGGACAUGUUUUCCCCCCAAAUGUUUGGGCACCAAGUUUGUUGUCUGCCCAUUUGGCACGUCCUCGUCAGUCCCUUUUUCCCCUGCGGUUUGGUUUGGAGAGACCUCCCCCGUCCCUUGAACUCUGAGCCCGCUUAAUAUCUGUCCCACACGCACAAAAUUCUUCUGUCAGUUUUUUUUUUUUUUUUAACCAUGUCCUCGUCCUCCAAGCCCAACAAGACUCAUUCAGUAUGAAGUUUAGCGUAUUGUCAGACUUCACUUCAACAGCCCAGAAGAUUUAGCUUUCAGCAUGACACUAACCAAUGCCAGGGGUGUUGGGUCAAUUGUCUUCAAUUUGCAGAACAUUCAACAAAAGCACACCUGUGCCGGCCAAUAAGCAAAUCAGUAGAAUAAGAGACACAGCACAGGCAAAUUUACACAAAGUGAAACGCUCCUACAAUAUUUCAGCCAGCGCUGCGUAGGGCACCUACAGACUGGAUCUGGAUCCGACUGGACGCAUCAAACAAUACACUACACCUAAUUCUUUCAUUUAUUCAAGUCCUUUUUUUCUACAACCAGAUAUUUGUAAUAUGCUCAUUUGAGUGUGUCUGCUGCCCCCUAUCUUCUGUAAGGUGUAAGGGCAGAACGCUGCUCAGUAUUAACUCGGCAUUUGACAUGUCAGCUCACUACUUUAGCAGAUAAACAUGCAGAGAUCCAAUUGGUUUCAUGCAUUUUCAGGCAUUGGUGCAGAAUUUUCUAUUGUGGAGCGAAUCUCGUCAAUAUAAUGCUGCUAUUCUGCAAACAUAUAUCCCUACUUUUCUCCACCAGUUCACUUUUAGAUGGCAAAAUCCACCUGCACUGGUUUUAGGUCAGUUAGCAUGGGUUUUCGUAGUAUUAGGAGUUCUCUGUGAGUGCGGUAACAGCCGCACAGCACUGAUGCUUUUCAACAAGAUUGGCCAGACACCAGUUCAUCUAAACUAAGUAGUUGCACUGUUGUUUAGGAUGGCACACCCUGGAGUAUUCGGUCCGUCACCGUAAAAAAACGUCUGCAGUGGACACGGAAAGUCGAAUACAGUGCCAAAUGUGUACAUUAGAGUGUCUCGGCUUCAAAGGCAAACCGUUUUCCUCUUGUCUCCUGUGUGUAUGUGUGUGAUCGCACAGAUGACCUAAGCUCACUGGUACUUCGGGCGAACCUUUUGAGUUCCUUCUGCAUUUUUCUCAGUAUUUAACCAUUGUGUUUAAACGGCUAUUACAGCUUCAUUCAGCCAAAUGUCCCUUUGAAAGCAGAAGACUCUGAUCUGCAAGGCAGCUUGGAGACUGUUUAUCUUUGUGAUUUUGGUUAUUUUAAUAAAUGCACUAGAGGCUUCCAACCCCCAUCAAGCCAAAUGGCACUCACAAAGACCAUGCUUUGAAACGCGCCCUUCACGUUAGAUCACUCACAGGGUAAGGUCUCCCAGCUUUUUUGUUAGUUUUCUUUUUAAAUAUGUUUAUAUUGUACAGGAUUUGAUGGUUUGUAUAAAGGAAUGGGGCCUUUUUAUCUCGAUUGGGAGUGAUGCAUCGUUCUGCUUUUAUGAGCGACAAAUGGAGUAUUUAAAAUGACUAUUUUUCAGGGAUCAUUAUAAAAAAAGGGGUUGAAUAGCUAAUUUAAAGAAAAUGAUGCAUCUUGUACAUAACACAGAUUUGUACUUCCUUUUGAAAGAUUGUUUCUUGUAGAAACGUCUUUUUUCUGCCCAUUUUCCUUUGGAUUCUUAUGUGUAAAUACUUUAACUGUGAAUAUAUAAAUAUAAAUAUAUAUAUAUAUAUUUUUGUUCCUGAGGAUUUGCUACAGUGUCACGGCUCGGAAAGGUCUAUUUGACGGUGAUUGCGGAGAGCUGGUGGCAGUAUUUUCAGCUUGUGUCAAGCUUUAAUUUUUAUUUUUGGUUGUAAAUUCUAUGAAAAUCUGUUUGCAGUGUGGGGGGAAAGCAUUAUCAUUCAGAUAUGAUGGCAAGGGGCAUUGGUGAAAUUGGCCUUUAUCCCCUGUCUAUUUAUUAUACCACAAAUGUAUGGAAAAAAGAUCAUGGAAAAAAUAAAGAAUUUUUUUUCAGC